AUGAUGUUCCCCAGCCUCAUCGCCCCUCCAGCCGUCUACCCCAGCCUCCUCCGGCCGACCCCCACCCUCACCUUGCCUCAGUCGCUGCAGUCGGCUUUUUCCAGCCAUUCCAGCUUCCUGGUGGAAGAUUUGAUCCGGAUCAGCAGGCCCACCAGCUACCUGCCCAGAACUGCCCCUCCGCCCAGCAUGUCCCCCCCGACCUCGGCGGCCAGGACGGACUCGGGGACGCCGGAGCUCCCCAGCUCCACCACCGCCGGCUCCAGGAGGAUCUGUUCGCCACAGACUUCCAGCAGCGACUCCACUUUCCUGAAGUUUGGAGUCAACGCCAUCCUGUCCUCCACGCCCCGAGCCGAAACCUCCCCUGCGUUGCUUCAGAGCGUCCCGCCAAAGACUUUCUCCUUCCCGUACUUUGAAGGAUCCUUCCAGCCCUUUCUCAGAUCUUCCUAUUUCCCAGCUGCCUCCGCCGUGGUGCCCAUCCCCGGCACCUUCUCCUGGCCGCUGGCUGCCCGCGGCAAGCCCCGCCGGGGGAUGCUGCGCCGCGCCGUCUUCUCGGACGUGCAGCGCAAGGCGCUGGAGAAGAUGUUCCAGAAGCAGAAGUACAUCAGCAAACCCGACAGAAAGAAGCUGGCGGCCAAGCUGGGCCUCAAGGACUCACAGGUGAAGAUCUGGUUCCAGAACAGGAGGAUGAAGUGGAGGAACUCCAAGGAAAGAGAGCUCCUCUCCUCUGGUGGCUGCAGAGAACAGACCCUACCCACCAAGUUCAACCCUCACCCAGACCUCAGUGAUGUAGGCAAGAAAUGUUCAGGAGAGGAGGAGGAGGAGGAGGAGGAGGAGGAGGAAGUUCCCCCUGUGUGCCCGCCCAGCCCCCAGCAUCCCCUAACCUACCACCAGUCCCCAGAACAUCUACACCUGAGGGACAGACUGGACUCCCAGAUGUCUCCUUCUCCAUCCCAUUCUAGCAGCCCCAGCAAACCUUCAGACUUCUCAGACUCAGAGGAAGAGGAUGAUGAAGGGGAAGAAGAGGAGGAGAUCACAGUAUCUUAG